CGCUCUUCGCUUUCGCGAAUCUGGCAGCUGUGUGCGCGGGAUUUAGCGAAGCGUACCAAAGUUCGGCUUCACGGCGUAGUCUUGGUCGUUUUUCUAUUUUUCUCAACACUUUGCAGUAAUACCUUUUUAUGUUGUAGCCUCAGAUAUUCACUCCCUCACUUUUCAUAACAUCCCCAGCUGUCGUUGUUAGUGUAUUUGCGCGUUCGACUGGAUAUCGUUUCGUGUGGGUGGCAGCUACCGGUCUGGUGCUCUGUAUUCGUGCGGCUCUUGCGCGCAAUGUCGGCUGAAGUGUCUGAAACAGAAGAAGUGAAGGGCAACUGCGACACCGGCGGAGACGUCGACUUCACCGCAGACGUUACGGACACUAAGGACUGGGAUGAGACGCCGCUCGAGCAAACGUCCUUGGAGCACGAGUAUGACGAUGUACAGAACGGGGAUGCUGUCAGUGGUGAUGCUGAAGCAGGCGUGGUUGACGAGGGAAUGCAGGCCGAAGCAACUGCAUCAGCUGAUGGUGAAACUGAAAUGGUAGAGGAGGAAAAACAAGGUGAAGGAGGUUUGGCUACUGCUGAAGGAACAGAGGAACAGUGUGCAGGUGCAGAAACGGAGAACAACAACUCUACUGAAGACAACAGUGAACUGUCUUACACCUGUGACAUGUGCAAAGAAACAUUCCAAGAGACUGAGGAGGAGCACUUGAAGUCGCGGAAGCACCUUAAGAUGUCAGUGAGACUUGAAAAAUUUGGCAGUCUGGAAGCAGUUGCCGCUGAGUUCCAGCCCAGUGUAUGCUACCUGUGUGAUGUGUCGGCAGUGAGCAAGUCACAAAUGCAAAUGCACGUCAAAGGAGCCAAACACAAGUUGCGUUGUGCCAACCUCAGGCUUCCCCCUUCGGCCUUGGAUCUCCCAGGGACGAACCGCAAUGUGCAGCCACCCAGCACAGCUGAGGGCAAGUCUGCUGGGCCUCCUGAUCCAAAUGCUGUGUUGCCUGAGAGGCCUGUAUGUGAUGUCUGCAACAUAACAUUGAGCUCUGUACAUCAGCUAAUGCAGCACCUCAGCGGCAGGCGACACCGGGAGAUUGUCAAUGUCCUUAAGCAAACAGUAAUGAAACUUCCACCACACAUGAGACCUUUCCAGUUGAAGACAGUGCUCCAAAAGAAUGAUGGCAAGCCACCACCUGGCCCCGCCGUGAAACCAGCAGCUCCAGCUCCAAAGCCUGGCAAUGCUGUCCAGGGACCUGCUGCAAAAGGAGUAAAAAGGCCGGCCCCUCCAGCUGCUGGAUCUACUUCUGGACCAGCCAAGAAACCGAAGUCAGAGCAAAAGCAAGAGCCAUUGCAAGAAGCCUCAACGACACCUUCUGGGGCACCUGCUGUCAAGAAGCUGUUCUCGUGUGACAUCUGUAAAAUCAAAUUGAAUUCUGAAUUUCAAAUGAAUGAGCAUGUGAAAGGCCGUGUGCACAAGGAUCGGCUUGCCGAGGUGAAGGGGGGACCAGGAGCUGGUGUCAACAAGCCCGGAGGCCCACAGCUGAAAACUGGGCCACAGCAGGGCGCUCAACUGGGCAACAAAUCACAAAAUGCUACAGGUGUAAAACAAGCUCAAAAAAUGAAGGGCCAGCAGCAGCCAAAACCAGGUGGGGGGGGCGCUCCAUUCUGGUGUAAUGUCUGUCAACUCGCCAUCAAGUCUGAAUUUCAGUUCACCCAGCAUAUGGGAAGUAACCGUCAUCGUGAAAACUUGGCUCAUGUUGGAAGAGGACCAGUUCCUUCUGCAGUGUCCGGCAAAGGUAGUUAUGGCGGAGCCCUUUUUCAGGGUGCAAAUCAACAUGAAUUUGUACCGAGCAGCAGACAGUACCGGGACAGACCACAGCCUUCUGGCAGCCUUGAUGAUCACUUUAGGGCACCUUCCCAACAUCCUUCAAACUUGUGGCAAAGCCUUCCUGUCCAGUCACAGUGGAAAAGCCCCGUCUUGCCUGCUCCUGCCCCACCCUUUCCGAGCCAGAGGCCCCUUGAGCCAGCACCAAGCACCAGCUUUGGUCUCUUGGACCCUCCUGUACAAGCCCCAAGGGAGCAGGGGCCCUACGGUCUGUCUUCAACACAACAGUUUUCGAAGCUUCAGCUAGACUUGGCAUUAGAGAUCAGCAAGCUGUCUCAGCAUCUGUCUAGGCCAGAGUUCAGCAAGGAGCUCAGUCAGCAGCUGAGCCAUCAUAUAACCCAGGAACUGAGCCGGCAGCGGCAGAUGGCCACCGAUGUGAAUCGCCCUGUCAGAGAAGAUGAACGCUUACUGCCACAUAGUGAAAGAUUGCCACUGCUUGGUGACACGCCGCCACUGCUCGAAGAGCGCACAUUGCUUCAUGACAAGGCUCCUCUCCUCCAUGAUAAAGGCCCGCUUCUGCGAGAUUCUUAUGAAGACCGUGCACUAAGACGGCCACCACUGCUUGGCGAGUCAAGACCAGUCUUUGGUGAUCGGGAGCAGGAUUAUCGCAUUGAGAGAAGAGAUGACAGAAGACCUGGAAUUGAUAGUUAUGGAGAGAGAAGGAGCCGUGACUAUCUCGAUGACUAUGGCAAAGCUUACAGUGGCACCCAUCUCCGUGAUCUGCCAGCUAGAGAGUCUGGUGAUUAUCGACAAAGUGCACACUCACCAUCUGGAGGGCUUCUUGGCAGGCCUCCUCUGCUAGGCUCUCGCUACUAAUCUUAUGCAUUUGUCACUGGCUUUGAGAACAUAUCUGUUCCUUCACCUUUGUUAGUGACCAUCUUUUUGUGUUUAUCACUGGGUUGACAAGCAUUUUUUUUGUGAAGUGUCCUCUUAGGGCUUAGGUGAAGUGUUUGUCUGGAAUAAACAUAACUAGACAUA